AUUUCGUUAGUAAAAAGCUUAGCUCAGAGUUGUUUACCAUAGCUACUGGAUCAAGACUACCGCCUGAGCUGAGUGAGAGUACAUACUCCAAUGAAAGAAUGAAAUGUAAGAGAUGACAAUGAUGAGAGCUGGAGCUUAUUCGAAAAAAUUCCAAAACUUGGAGGAGGAACGUAUAAAACAGAUGAAAAGGCAAGAGAAAACAAAUCGAGGCAAAGCUCACCUCUACUCUAAACAAACAGCACAACGACAAAAGGCACUAGAGGACAAAAAGAAAGCAAUGGUGGCAGCUGAGGAGGAUCGGAGGAGAAAGGCUCUCGAAGAAAGGAGAGAGGCUCAGAAAGAGGCAACCAUGCGCUUCAAAUCUUCUCUUGGAAGAAUCAAAUCUACCUCCAAGGGCCAUGGACACGCUGUUAAAAACAGCAAGCAAGCAUUCUUAGAUUAUUACCUUCCCAAUAAGCCUAAACCCGCUGUGGCUUCGACCCAGUCACAGAGGUCUGAGGAGAGUAGGGAGAGAGUGGCACUGGGUAAAGAUGUGGAAGUCAAACUUAAACACAAGAAUGGCUAUCAUCCUCCUCGGAAGAAUGGCCUCCAGCAACGUGCUCCUAGCCUGGAUGAUAUAAUGAGAAAAAUCAAAGAUGAGGGGAGUGUAUCCAACAGUCCAGAGAGUCACGGCAGGGUCAUCAUACAUCAGAGGAUACCUGACAUGUUCUUACAGCAAGCUCACACCAUGGGCAAACGAAGCUCCUCAGAUUCAAAUCUAAAUAUUCCGAACAAGGCCUCAAAUGUUACCAAAAACAAUAGUGAUGGAAGUCUGUCAUCUCAAGCCACUUUAGACCUGCACAGCAACUCGAGUGAUGAGAACAUUGUCUUCAGAGCCACAACUAGUCAGAAAGCCAACGUGGCCACAAUGCAAGAUGACUUGAGGAUCACUUCACCCGAUAAUGCUGUCAGUUCCAGUAGUGAAUCUCUGCUGAGCAACCCACCUUUGACCCCCGACCUCAAUGACAGCUUGAACACUCCCAAACAUAAUAACGCUGUUUUCACUAUCGGCAGCCAAGAACUCAGCACGUAUCAAGCGGUUCGAUCAAAUUCAGCAAACAGAACUGUUGCACUUCACCCCACUCCAGGCAGUACAGGAAAUGUUAUCACUACUUCUGCAGGGCGGCAACCUAUCUACGUGUGUGAAAAUUAUGCCACUGCUAGUAUCGACUCUCUUGAGGAUCAGCAGGGCACAAGGCAAGGCAAUUAUUCAAUUUGCCGUAGUUCUACACUAACUCCUAAAACGUCUGACCUACAAACCCUUGUCAAACAAGACGUUGAGACAGCAAAAAAUAAGCCGAAAGUUGUUGGAAUCUUGAAGAAGUCAAAUUCUAACAAGAGCCUUGAUAAGAAAGUUCGAUUUUCAGAUCAAAUAGAAAGGAGGAUCAUUAAGAAUGUGCACACUAACAGAGGCUCGUUAAAUGCUGAUACAGAGGGUAUUGACCCAGUUCGUCUUGAACUGUGGAAAAGAGUUCUUCCUAAUGGAGUUACAAAUCAAUACCUACCCAAUAGUGCCUUCACACCCAAGAUGAGAGUCUCACUCUCUUCAAAGACGUCUCAGUCCCCCUCUAAACCCCCUAUGAAUGGAAUCACAGUUCAUAUCCCAAAGGCCACUAACGAAGCUCCCCUCACAACACUUCCGCCAGGCCCUGAUUCCACUAUCAAAUUACAAACUCAGUCACACACAACCUCUGUUGGUAUUAAUGGAGUAGUACCUGUCCCUACACACUUUGAGGAUGCCCCUGCUAUUAGGGAGCAGGAAUCUCAUCUGAUGGGCAAAGACGAUCCCCCACACACUUCUAAACAGAUCUCACUUGAGAAGACACCAACGGAUGAUGAAAUCAAUAGUCUCUUUGAUCAGAUAAAGAAUGCUCUUGAAGACAACCAGAAAGUGUUUGUUCCUCCACAAGUGUUCAACUUCAAGGUCCACCAAGGAGGCUCAUCAAGACAAGAGACCUCCUCCGCUGGCUCAACCACUAGUCACUCAUCGACAGUCACACACAGAGACGACCACAGAAAUGUACCAAAUGUCCAUAGAAACACAAGUGCUGAAAGAUUCUAUUCAAGGCCAAAUGACACAUCGGCUCAAAGAGGAUCUCAAAAACAAACAAACUUGUCAAGGCCCAUGCGUUGCCAAACUAACUUCUCUCCCCAACCACCGCUGCUACUGACGAGACGAGGACAUGGUCAUACAGUCACCUACCCAACUGCCAAUCGAGCACAACCAUUACAAAUGACAUCUACAGACCCAGACAUGUCAUCAAGAGCCAUUGGAAGCAAAAAAGCUCCCACAUCUCUCUCAUUGGAGGAGAAGCGAUUGAUGCUGUCCAUUGAGAACCUGAAUCAAAAAAUAAAAGAUCACAUGGGCAGACAUCCAAAUGCCAAAUUUCAGUCUCCCAUUUCAUCCGAGCCACCGGACUUCACUCCUGAGCUGUACCCCCGCCCACCUCCCUCCCCCACACACUCACAGAUGCACAGAAUAUCAUCAACACACCCUCACACACACGUUGUCAACAGUCAUAUGUACGACCUACCCAAAGCCCGUGCUCGUCGAAAACCAACAACUACAGCCUUAGCAGCAGCUGCCAUAAACCCUCAGGCAGGAGAACACUCUCGAACCCUCCACAGCAGAGGCCCACCUCACAGGACUCAGCUGUUUUAUAACACUUAGGAAUAGGGAAUUGCAUGUGAUACUAUUUGUCAAUAUUCAUGUGUUAUAAUAAUUAU